AAAUUCCUUUUGCAUGUUUAAUUGAUUUUCCUUUUGAAUAAUAUUACGUUUACUUUGCAAAGGCUUAAAAUACUAUAGAUAUCUAAACUCUUGAACGGUCAACCCACCACCACUAAAAAUGUGUUUAUAAAUUUUUUUUUUGUAUAAAAUGCAGAGUUCUAGCGCUACGCUACUUGUUUGUAAGCAAGAAAAGCAUUACAAGGCUUUUAAAAGUGAAUAUAGAGUGGAUUUAUGGUGUGAAUUUAAGAAACGAUGGGUUCUUUUUGGUGCUCUAGCAGCGGUGGCGAUGGCAAUUCUGGCGCCAAAAUAUGGGGCUUCCGGAGGCAAAUUUUAAGCAUGCACACGUAGUUUAACAAAAUGCACAAUCAAACGUGCUUUUUCCACACGGAAUACACCAGCUACCUCCCUUUAUCCUGUAUCUACUUCAACUCUGGGCGCCUUCCAUUUCAACCGCUUCGCGCCAGAGUUUACUUUUUGACAGCCUUCCACGCCAAUAUUGCUAGCGUUAUUUUAUGUGCCGUCACUGUCAAUGCACUAUCUGUGGCACUUGACAGACGUGUUAUGGAGGGUGCAAUGCUGGCCAGCUCAAGUGGUCCGUGUGGGUGGUUAUCUCUGUCUCUCUAUGCGAAUGGUGCUACACCUCUACUUGUUGGAUGCAACUAUGUAUUAUCCUUGCUUACUAUACCAGUAAUACAUCUUUUAUUGUGCGGCAAAGCUCCGACCCCUUCAAUGGAAGAUUUAAAAACAGCAGCAGUUACUGCAGUUUUGCCCUAUUUAGUGGGCAUUUGUGGUGCAUCAAAGACGCAGAACAGCCGAACCACCAGCAAAGUUGCAGCGUUAGUGUUGUUAUAUGUGGACUGCUGUAAUUUGCUGCGGGAAGCAGAAGGGGCCUUGUAUGUGUCCGACGUCUUCACCGCAUUGGUCCUCGUGGCCAGCUGGCUGAGCACCGUAGCGGCAUCGAGCUAUUUAUACGUUAAAUGUAGAGUUCUCGACAUCAGCGAAGCGCAAUUACUACAGCUCGUAGCAACACCAAAAUCGAGAUUUGAUUGGAUUUCAUCAACUUGUCCCAGAGAGGGAUUAUACCUACUUCCCACCGUCUUCCUUGCGCCGGCGCAGGCAAUUUUACUGUCUUCUAUAUUUUUUGACACUGAUUUAUCUAACCUACAUUUAUAACGAUGUGAAAAUAAUGUUUGAUUAAUGAACAUGGAAUAAAUAUACUAAAUUAGACCCAAGACAUUUAAGAGUUUGAUUUCUUUCAAAACAAAUCUCUCAUAAAAUUUAAUUCAUUAUGACCGUCUGCGAUCGUCACUUUAUUGGUUUCUGAUAUCGUUGGAAUUGGACAUUUGAGUGCGAUGUAUU